AUGAUUGUUCAAGGAAUUGCUCCCUCACUGUAUGGCUCCAUCUCAGACUUGCGUGGUCGUCGUAUUGCAUUCGUUAUCGCCCUAGUAGUCUACCUCGCCGCAAAUGUGUCGCUAGCUUUCACAUCCAACCUGGCCAUGCUUGUAGUCUUACGAGGACUGCAGGCCGCUGGAUCGGCUGCGACAAUUAGCAUCAGCACUGGUGUGAUUGCCGAUAUAGCAGAACCCGAUGAGAGAGCAGGUUUCAUGGGAACCAAUGCCGGAAUAAGAGACUUUUGA